UGCCAAGACCGCUACCUGGGUAACAGCCCUGGUGGUUUUGCCUUGAUCCCGAGGAAGCUCAGCUAUUACCAACAUCUGUGAAGACGUUCGCAUUUCCAAACUGAAGAAGCUCUUACGAAAGAACCCCCUCAUUCGCUCUUGGGUUUCAUUACACUAGCGCCAGCAGGCCCACGACUGUUCUACUAGGAAUCAUGGCUACUGCAAUCGUCGAACGCAUGGAGCAACCUGCGGAGGUGGCCAGCAAAGUGCUGAGAAGAGCCCAAGUGUCCAAGAUGACCAGAGCCCUCCAGAGUCGACUUGCUCUCGCUAAUGUCAAAACGAAACACGGAUGGGAAAAUCUCAGCAUAGACACCAUUGAGCCGAAGAUUGAUAUGGAACUGAAACGCAAACGCCCAGGAUCGAGUAACGAUGCUUUCUCGGACACUUCUUCGAUUGUCUCUGGGUCUCGCCCAGCUAGUCGAUUAGAUUCUUCCCCUCUCGCUGCACCUCUCUUCUCUGAUCAAAACGAACGAACUGUUAGGAGUUUUCGAGUCUCCAAACGUCGUCAAAUCCAGCAAGCCAAGUACCCUGGGUCGAGCAAUCACACCCGGGUCAAGACGCGACACCCAACAACGACAGUACAAUCAUGGAAGAGUCUUCAUCGAUUACCCGAGUCAUCACCGGUCUAUAACCGCCGCCAUACCUAUUUUCCAUCCUCCAGACACGGCCCCAGCCUGUCUUUUGUACCAGAGUUCUCUACAGCCCCGCAUGAACCGACUUCACCUGUCAUGUCAGAGGAUGAUGAUGAAGACUUGCCUCUGCAUUCCUUCCAGAUCGCAUCAAACAUACAGUCGUCCCCGCCGCCACGCAGCCCUCGUACCCCUCCGCGAGCGCUGGCCGGACCCGGUAUCGGACGCAAUGAUCCAUUCAGUCCCUCAAGGAAUACCCCAAAAGGCGAGGAAGAUGCCAAUCUGCUUGUUUAUCUUGCUACAUCUCCCUCCCAGAACCAGUCAGAAAGACGUAACCGCGUUACGAUGGCACCGUCGACCCCUCCACCGAGAAUCACGCCUCUUCCAUCGUCUAUGAUGUCUACCCCGGGAGCAGGCGGCGGAGGAGGAGGUGGAAGUAAUCUUAGCGGGUUUGGCUUCAUGACUCCUGGAGCAAACAUAAAUUUCGCCGACUUCAUCAACGUAACUCCGAGUCCUGGUCAGCUCGGUCGUACUUGGGCACGUACCCCCAAAAUUGACAAAACACCUAAUACUACACGGGAAGCCCGUCGAUGCCUCAACUAUGAUGGUAUUAUGCCUCCCAGUCCAUCCGUGGAACGAAACACCAGCGGCAUAACUGAAGGCCUAAGUAUGGACCUAGGCGGAAGACUGCCGGUGAAUUAAUGCAGUGCAGGCUUAUUGCCAUCCUAAUGCCGAAUCAUGAUUGAUGACCACAUCAUGUUAAACUUUGAUCGAAGUCUAUUGCUCAGCCUAGCAAAGAUAGGGGGAAUCCUGAUGUAUUGGACGGAACUGGGAGAACUGAUUUACUGUGUACGUUUCUUUAAAGAUGUGUUUCGUCUAUG